CUUUUGGGAUUUUUAAUUUUCCUUUUGGGAUUUUUAUUUAUUUUUCCUUUUUUUGGGAUUUUCCAGGAUCCCGGCGCCGGCGAUGGAUCCGUGGGGGGAGGAGGAGCCAGAGGUGAUUUUUGGGGAUGAGGAGGAGGAAAAUCCCAACGGGAUCCAGGGAUUCCCAACCUCCAACCCGACCCCCUCUGGAAUCGUGGAAUUGGAUCCCGACCCCCUCUUCCCCAACCCCGAGCGCGAAACUCUCCGCUGGACCGUGGUCCAACAGAUCGACCCGGGAACGUCGGGAAAAACCGGCAAAAAAAACCCGAAAAACCCCAAAUCUCCGAAUUUCUCCAACUUCAAGAGCAUCAUCGUCCUCCAAAAAAGCUACGAGUGCUCCGAGUGCGGGAAAAGCUUCAGCUGCAGCUCCCAUUUCUCCAAACACCGCCGGACGCACACGGGAGAAAAACCGUUCCGGUGUCGCCAUUGCGGCAAAACCUUCAACGUCUCUUCCAACCUUUACCGGCACCAACGCGGCCACGGCGACGCCGAUUCGGAAAAGCAAGCGCGGGGUCUUCCCUAUCGAUGCGAUGAGUGCGGGAAGAGUUUCCGUCGCAACAAGGAGUUGGCGACGCACCGGCGCUCGCACACCGGGAAUUUGCCGUUCCAGUGCGGCGAUUGCGGGAAGAGUUUUUCCUGGAGUUCCCAUUGGCUCCGGCAUCAACGGAUUCACACCGGCGAGAAACCCUACGAGUGCCCGGAGUGCGGGAAGAGUUUUUCCAGGAGUUCUCAUCUUUACCGGCACCAGCGCGGCCACGCCGGCGGUCGCUCGUACAUCUGCACCUACUGCGGGCGGAGUUUCGGCAGCAUCCUCCAUUUCGAGCGGCACCAAGGGACGCACACCGGCGUCCGGCCCUACAAGUGCUCGUUGUGCCGGAAGAGUUUCGGCGACGCGCCGGCGUUGGUGAAGCACCAACGGAUUCAUCUCGGCGAGGGCCCAUUCCGCUGCGAGGAGUGCGGGAAAGGUUUCGGCGCCCGCUCGCAGUACGCGCGGCACCGCCGGAGUUUUCACGGAGGGUCCGGCGCGGAGAAGCCGUACCGGUGCGGGGAUUGCGGGAAGAGUUUUUCCUGGAGCUCCCACUGGGAGAGGCACCAAAGGAUUCACACCGGAGAGAAACCCUACGAGUGUCCGGAGUGCGGGAAGAGCUUCGGGAGGACAUCGCACCUCUACCGGCACCAGCGGACGCACGCCGGCGGUCGGCCCCACGUCUGCGGUGAGUGCGGGAAGAGUUUUAAUUCCACGCUGCACUUCCAGAAGCAUCAGCAGGCGCACGGAGCCGGGGCGGGGAAAAGUUGCGGGGAGUGUGGGAAAUCCUUCGCCGAUCCGUCGGCGUUGGCCAAGCAUCAACGGGUUCAUGAGGAGUCCCAAAAAAUUGGGAAAUCCGUUGUUGAGUCACAAAAAAAUGGGAAAUCCGUUGUUGAAUCCCAAAAAAAUGGGAAAUCUGUUGUUGAAUCCCAAAAAAUCUUCCCCGAGUGCGGGGAAUCCUUCGCGGAUCCGUCGGCGUUGGCCAAGCAUCAACGGGUUCAUGAGGAAUCGCAAAAAAGUGGGAGAUCCUCAGUUGAGUCACAAAAAAAUGGGAAAUCUUCAGUUGAAUCUCCAAAGAAUGGGAAAUCCAUUGUUGAGUCCCAAAAAAUUGGGAAAUCCCCCGCCCCUCCCCCUCCCCAGGGCGAUGGGGGAGGGGCGGAUCCCGACCUCCGCCGCCAGCUGGGGCUGAUCCUGCAGACGGCCGGGAGGAGCCAGGUGGAAAAAAUGCUCCGGGAAUUGGUCAGGGAGCAGGGCCAGGCCGGAAAACGCCGGAACCGCAGGAGAACGGCCAAAGAUGGCGGCGCCGGCGCCGGGAGCGGCCCCGAGGACGACCCAACCCCUCCCAACACCCAAGAACCGCCCCCGGCUCAACCCCAAACCGCUCCUGACCCUCCGGCGACCGCCAAGAACCGAAAAACCACCGGGAGCUGCUCGGAGUGCGGCAAAAACCCGACCAAACCCCGGCGCUGCGCCGAGUGCGGCCGGCGCUGCCGGCAACCGGAACGCGCCGCGGCGGAGAAACCGCACCGCUGCGGCGACUGCGGCAAAGGCUUCAGCCGCGGCUCCAACCUGGCGCAGCACCGGCGCAUCCACACCGGGGAGAGGCCGCACCGCUGCGGCGAUUGCGGCAAAGGCUUCAUCCAACGCUCCGACCUGGAGCGGCACCGGCGCGUCCACACCGGCGAGCGGCCGUACCCAUGCGGCGACUGCGGCAAACGCUUCAGCGUCAGCUCCCACCUGGACCGGCACCGCCGCACCCACGCCGGCGGGCCGGGACCGCCGGAACAACCGCGCGGCAAAGCCAAGGCGGCGCUGGCGGCGGUGGAGGCGGCACCGCAUCGGUGCGGGGAUUGCGGGAAAAGCUUCGGGCAGCGCUCGGCGCUGGCGAAACACCGCAAGACUCACAGCGGGGAGCGGCCGCACCGCUGCGGCGACUGCGGCAAGAGCUUCAGCCGCGGCUCCAACCUCACCCAGCACCGGCGCAUCCACACCGGCGAGCGGCCGUUCGCCUGCGGCGACUGCGGCAAAGGGUUCAUCCAACGCUCCGACCUGGAGCGGCACCAGCGCGUCCACACCGGCGAGCGGCCGUACUCCUGCGCCGAGUGCGGCAAGAGUUUCAGCGUCAGCUCCCACCUGGACCGGCACCGGAAAAUCCACGCGGCCGAACGCGCGUCCUACCGGUGCCCGGAGCACCUGGCCGGGUUUUUGGCGGCGCACCGGCACGGGAGGUUGUUCCAGUGCGGGCAGUGCGGGCGGUGUUUCGGUCAAGGCGCGGCGUUGCUGAAGCACCAACGCGCUCACGGCGGCGCGGCCACGGCGGCGGCGGCGGCGGCGGCGUCGCCGAAAUGCCUGGACUGCGGGAAGAGCCGGGGGUUGUGCCAGGAUUGCGGGCGGGAGGCGGAGGCGGCGCCAGAGAAGCCGUACAAGUGCCAGGAGUGCGGGAAAAGCUUCGGGCAGCGCUCGGCGCUGGUCAAACACCGGCGCAUCCACACCGGCGAGAAACCCUACAAGUGCCCCGAGUGCUCCAAAGGCUUCAUCCAAAAAUCCGACCUCACCAUCCACCGCCGGAUGCACACCGGCGAGAAACCCUACGCCUGCCGCGAGUGCGGCAAGUGCUUCAGCGUCUCCUCCAACCUCUUGACGCACCAGCGGACGCACCUCGGCGAGAAACCCUUCCAGUGCGCCGAGUGCGGCAAGAGCUUCAUCCAGCGCUCCGAGCUCACCAUCCACCGGCGCGUGCACACCGGCGAGAAGCCCUACAAGUGCCAGGAGUGCGGGAAAUGCUUCAGCCGCAGCUCCCACCUCAACCGGCACCGGCGCACCCACGCCGGCGACAAGGCCGCUCGCGGCGCCGGUCAGGCCUCGGCGGCGGCGGUGGCAUCCUCGGCGUUGGCGCCCGGAGGUUUGGCCUUCCCGGCGUUCCCGGGGUCGUCGGCGGUGCCGGCGGCGUUGGAGCUGCCCUGGGCGUUGGCGUUGCCGGGUCGGGCGUUCCCGGGUUUUCCGGCGGGGUCGGUGGGUAAUUAUCCUCCCAGUUCCAAACUGGGCUCGUUCGACGUCGCCGCCUUCUCCCGGCUCUUCCGCCGUAAUUAA